UGGCUCAGGUGGGUAUUAAGGAGAUUGCCGCAGGUGUAGAAGUCGUCCCUCAGAAUGGCCUCCUCAGCUCUGCUCUCGUUUCUCCUGCUGCUCUCUCUCUCAGGGAUCCUCGCCCAAAAUGGAGGCCAGCUGCCCUUCAACCUGGUGGUGGUGAACAACCAACCCAACAGCAAACCAAUGAUGUACUCCGCACAUGCCCCGCCCGGAGGUGUUCUGAUCGGGGCCAUGACCAAGCUCGCCAAGGCAACCAACUCACACUUUAGCUUCACCUCCUCAAAGAACGUUGACUACGGAGCGUUCCUGGUGAGCGUCAACGGUUUGUCUGGGAACGACCAAGACCGGACAUACUGGGAGCUGCUGAUUAAGGGAGCAAACAAAGUCCUUAUCACAGCUGAUGUUGGCAUCAGCUGUUACAUUCCUCAAGCCAAUGAGACGGUUAUACUGAAUUAUACAAAGUGGUAGACAGAGAUCCCCUCUCUGGAUUACUAGCAGCCUAUUCCAUGCAGAAAACAGGAUCCUGGAAACAAUAAUCAAUAAUCAGUUGAUUCACUUGAUGCCUAUUAUCAAGACAACUGGCCUCUGGCACAAAUCGUGCCUUAGAUUGGAUUAACAAAGACUACUGCCGAGGGAAGCACCUGAAAGAUUCUCUCAAAGUCAUCAUGAAUAAAACAAAUUUUCCUCCACGCCUUUGCAGAUUAUUUUGAAUGUUAUUU